AAGUAAUCAAGUCAAAGAAACUGAAAACGCCUAGUCCUUGUACUCGCAAUUACAUGGAUUAAGCUUGGAAAAAAUGGCCGUCCUUGGUUGACCCAAGAAAACGAGUUCACAAUCUCCUCCAUUUCUCAGUUUCACACGCCUUAAAAUUCAUUGCUUUCGCGUUUAGCCAUCCGUAUUCAUUUCCUGCUUGCUCUCUUCUCUUAAUCCUGUCAUAUAUUUACAGACCUGAUUGAUUGUCACUGUCCUUUUCUUCUUUUUCUCCGUGGAAAAACCGCUGCUCCAAUAUUUCUGCCAUGCAAAAAAUUCUCAAGCUUGAAGAAUCUUGUCCUUUUCUUUGAUCUCUUCUGGGGUUGAGGGGUCGUGAAUAUCUUUAUCAUCAGGUAUUACUGUUAUGGGAGCUAGGACUUUGUGGAUACGGUUGGUUUGGAGCUCUGAUAUAUGCAACUUAUAGCUAUUUGGGGUUUUUUAUCAUUCUCUUUUUGACAAGAAUUUGAGGAAAUCUUCGUUGAAACGAUGUUGAUCAGUCGAGUUUUUAAGGUAGUUCUUGUUAGUUGCCUUUGGUUAUUGCUUAGCUGUAGUCUGAGCUAUGGCACCGACACUGAUAUUGCUUGCUUGAAGAGCAUAAAAGAUUCUCUUAAAGAUACUCGUAAUUACUUGAACUCUUCAUGGAACUUUGAGAACGCUACCGAAGGAUUCAUCUGUACCUUUCUGGGGGUGGAAUGUUGGCAUCCUAAUGAGAAUAGGGUCUUGAACAUCCGACUUCCGGAUAUGGGUCUCAAGGGCAGGUUCCCUCUUGGUCUUACAAAUUGCACCUCCAUGACGGGCAUAGAUCUCUCUAGCAACGAGCUCUUUGGAUCAAUUCCACAAAAUAUCUCUAAAAUAGUUGCUUUUGCCACGUCUCUCGACCUCUCUUCCAACAAUUUCUCGGGGGAAAUUCCAUCAGGUCUUGCAAACUGUUCCUUUCUGAAUAUCCUUAAGCUCGACCACAACAAGUUGACAGGCCAGAUUCCUGGACAAAUUGGGUUUCUAGAGCGCUUGAAAACUUUUAGUGUAGCUAAUAAUCUUUUGUCUGGGCCAAUCCCAAGUUCUUUCAGUUCCACUAUCUUGACCGAAGAAAAUUUUGCAAACAAUCCAGGACUCUGUGGGAAGCCUCUUAGCCCUUGCCCGUCCAUUUCAAAGAAAACCAACACUGGAAUUAUUGCUGGAGCAGCAAUUGGCGGGGUUACCAUUGCAGCAAUAGGUGUGGCAAUUGGUAUGUUCUUUUAUUACCGUAGAAUGUCUAUGAUGAGGAAGCUGAAGAAGGAUGAUGAUCCCGAGGGGAAUAAAUGGGCUAAGAGUUUAAAGGGAGUAAAAGGCAUCAAGGUUUCCAUGUUUGAGAAAUCAGUUUCUAAAAUGAAAAUGAGUGAUCUCUUGAAGGCUACCAAUAACUUCCACAAAGAGAAUAUCAUCGGGACAGGAAGAACAGGGGCUGUGUACAAAGCAGUGCUAGAGGAUGGGACUCCUCUUAUGGUUAAGAGAUUGCAGGAUACUCAGCACUCGGAAAAAGAAUUUGUAUCUGAAAUGGCUACUCUGGGGAGUGUGAAACAUUCUAAUUUGGUUCCUCUUUUAGGUUACUGCGUGGCUGAUAAGGAAAGGUUUCUGGUUUAUAAGCAUAUGCCAAAUGGCACUCUCUAUGAUCACAUACAUAUUGCAGAUGAAAGCAGGAAGCCAAUGGAAUGGCCUCUGAGACUCAAAAUUGGUAUAAGGGCAGCAAAAGGAUUUGCAUGGCUCCAUCAUUACUGUAACCCUCGCAUCAUCCACCGAAACAUAAGUUCCAAGUGCAUCUUGUUGGACGCUGAUUUUGAGCCGAAAAUUUCUGAUUUUGGACUGGCCAGGCUAAUGAAUCCAAUUGAUACACAUUUGAGUACAUUUGUGAAUGGAGAAUUUGGGGAUUUGGGUUAUGUUGCUCCAGAGUAUGCAAGAACUUUGGUGGCCACUCCAAAAGGGGAUGUCUACAGCUUUGGAACUGUGCUGCUUGAGCUGGUGACAGGGGAGAAACCUACCCAUGUGGCUAAAGCUCCUGCAAGCUUCAAGGGGAGUCUGGUUGAAUGGAUCACACAGCUUUCAAGCAAUUCUCAACUUAAAGAUGCUGUAGACAAAUCUUUGGCGGGGAUGGGUGUUGAUAAUGAGAUUUUCCAGUUCCUUAAAGUUGCAUGCAAUUGUGUAUUGCCAACGCCCAAAGAGAGGCCCACUAUGUUCGAAGUAUAUCAGCUUCUAAGGGCAAUUGGGGAGCAAUACCAUUUUACCACUGAGGAUGAGAUUCUGAUGCCUUCAGAUGCUAGUGGCGCUGAUUAUAUGGAGGAACUUAUUGUUUCUCGAGAAGGAAGGGAAAAUUAUUAGAAAGGUACGAGGUAGAUAGGGUAAUACUUCUUGCAUAAUUUAUAUGUAAUUAUCUUUUGUUUUGUCUGUUUUAAUAAAUUCUAAUAUUUACAUAUGUGCUUUAUUAUUAUUAUUAUUAUUGCACUCUA